AGGGUAUGAUGUUUUUAAACACGUGGCAGCAACAAAUAAACCGAAACGCACCGUUUUGAGGGUUAGAGGAGGUUAUUAAACGUGAAAGGUUUCGCCACUUUUGUGUUUCAUGCAUUAGUACACGAAACGUUGUCUCUAAUUCUCGGGGAAACGACACAACCGUAGAUUGAUGUCUGAAUCUGUUUAUAUAACUUCUCCAAGUAGAGACACUAACACAGAAUCGAUCACAACUCGUAACGAAAAGAAGAUGAACAACAUAAUGGCGAAUGAGUAUGGAUUCGGGAUGGGUUCGGUUUUGGCGAUUGUUGUCGUUGCACUAAUGUUACUGAUUCUUCCGUUGAUGAUGGGACCGGUAACUGCUCCAUCUCCUCUACUUAUCUUGAUGUUCCCGGUCGUAUUGCUCUUUGUGUUUCUCUAUCUCCAUUUUACUUCCAAGUGAUCAAACAUCGAUCUCUUUCUAUGAAUAUCGUGUAAUAUGUAGUAUGUAUUUAAUUUAUUGGAUCGUACAUUGAACUAUGUUUUUGGUUAUACAUUCGUAAAACAAACAUUGUAUUUGUUCUAUGAUGUAUAAUAUUUCUUCAAAUUG